AUGAAGAAGGAAUUGCCACUGGUUGUUCACGAUUUUUGUGCAUCGGCAAUGGGAAAAAACAGUGAAAAAUUUUCCCUUUUCUUCAACUAUGGUGGUACAUUUAUCAAAAUUGGAGAUUCAACUGAAUACUUUGGUGGGAAUUUCAAGUCUGUGUAUGGCUUAGACACUGAUAGGUUUGGAUACUUUGAUUUGGUAGAAGCAGUAGAGAAGCUGGGGGUUAAGGAGUUUGAUAAAAUAAUGUAUCAAGAUCCAGAGAAGCUAGGAUAUGCUGGUAUGAAAGAGAUAGUGGAUGACAGUGGUGUUAUGGAGAUGAUCAACACUGGCCAUAAGCUUAGACAUGUAAUACAGGUUUAUGUUGCUGCUAGUAACCCUAAUAAGGAUGAUGAUGAUGGUGUUAAUGUUGUUCAUAAUGCAUCUGAAGGGAGUAACUCUGCAAACAGAUUGGCAGAUGGUGAUGGUGAUGUGAAUGUUGGAGAUAAUGUAACUAGAGAUGAACACCCAGAUUCUGAUGCAAAUAUAGAUGAUGAUGAUGAUGCAAAUGAUGGAGAUAAAUCAGUUGGAGGUGGAGUGCUAGCAGACGUGGCUAUGUGCUCUGAUGAGGAUAGUGAUGAUGAAGAGUAUUUCCCAGUGGGUGUUAGCUCAUCAGAUGAUGAUCUGACUGAUGAGGAACAUGCUUCUGAUGAUGAUGAAUAA